UGAGAAGAUGAGGCAAGAUGGCGACUAAAAUAAGCAAAGAGAGUCCUCCUCCUUUUGAUUGUCCAUCAUGGGCAGGCAAGCCGCCCCCGGGGCUCCAUCUAGAUGUGAUGAAGGGAGACAAACUGAUAGAGAAACUGAUCAUAGAUGAAAAGAAGUACUACCUGUUUGGGAGGAACCCGGACUGGUGUGACUUCACCAUCGACCACCAGUCAUGCUCACGUGUCCACGCUGCCCUGGUCUACCACAAACACCUGAAAAGGGUCUUUCUCAUAGACCUCAACAGCACACACGGUACUUUCCUUGGACACAUCCGUCUAGAGGCACACAAGCCUCAGCAGGUUCCCAUAGACUCUACAAUAUCGUUUGGGGCCUCAACACGGACCUACACCAUCAGAGAGAAACCCCAAACCCAAGGCACUGCUGGUACAGGCGACAGUAAGGCAGGAGACGAUGAGGAGCUGAAAGGACUGCUUGGGCUUCCAGAAGAAGAGACAGAACUAGAGAACCUGACAGAGUUCAACACCGCUCACAACAAGCGCAUUUCCCUCCUGACCAUCGAAGAGGGCAACCUUGAAAUCCAGAGGCCUAAGAGGAAACGUAGGAACUCCAGAGUUACUUUUAGUGAGGAGGACUCCAUCAUUAACCCAGAGGAUAUAGACCCAUCAGUAGGACGCUUUAGAAAUAUGGUGCAAACUGCUGUCAUACCCAUCAAGAAGCGGAGAUCAGAGGGCCAAAACACCCUGGGUCUUGAUGACUUGACCUCAAAACGUAUCCAUGGCUACAGCUUGGGCGGUGGUCUCUAUGGGGACUUGCCUCCCACCAGUCAUGAGAACCAGCCAACUGGAGCUCCAGGAGGUGCUGCUAUGCAGGGAGGGCUUCCUCUGCCCUUCCCUAAUCCAGCACCAGAGGUGGACCUGGCCCCAGAGGCUCCCCAGCCCCCUGUCACCCUCAACCCCACCCCUGUCACAGCCCCCUAUCUACCAGAGACCCACAAUGAGCCACGCAAAAAGAAGUAUGCCAAAGAAGCUUGGCCGGGCAAGAAACCCACCCCUUCACUACUCAUCUAACCAGUUUCUUAAAGCUGCUGACUCUCAGGUUACCAGUAGAUACAUCAGGGACUGUGACCUGGCAGAGGUGGAUUCAUCCACUUCCUUUUUUUUAAUUUGUUGUGUUACUCAUUGUCAUCAGAAUGGCACGCCACAAUUUACCUGUGGUGUGUCACAAAAUAUCAUUGACCUUACUAAGUCAGCAGUUGAUAUUUUGGCAGAAAUACGGCCCAAUCUUGUUGACUGCAAACAAAGUUAAGAGACUUGACAGCGAGCAUUUUAGUCCCAGAUUGGCAGUUAAAUAUACUUGUCUGAGUGACAGGCUACAUGGAUAUGAUGGGUCAUGAGUUGCGUUUUUGAUGUGAUGGAUGUAAAUUUUGUUUUCUACUAAACAUGUUUCAACAGUUUUUUCACUCCUUCGAUAUUUUGAUAAUGCUAUUAAACAAAUGGCUAAAAAGUACUUUUGUAUGAGAUAUUUUACUGUGAGAAGUCAGAAAAGUCAGAGAAUCCAGUCUUGAGAUCAGUUUCUAUUAAAAAACAGGGCUGCUUUUUAUUUUAAAAACUUGCUCAUAUAAUUUAAUAGUGAUUGUUUUACUCACACACUCAGAUAUUUGUAUUACCUGUAUUAGACCAACAUAACAUCGAUUGAAGUGUCUUGCAUUUUUGCCUUACAAGCCACUAGAUGGUGACUUGUGCACAAAAGUCAGAGAGUUUUCAGUGAGGUUUUCCUGCACACUUGCAAGUACAAUUGUUUAUGGCCUGUUGCACAAAACCUAACACUGUCCAAAAUCUAUAUGGGCUAUGACAUAUAGAUUUUGGACAUAGGAAAGUGAUGCUGCAAACCUCUAUUUAUUCAGUUGGAUUUUUCUGCAGAUAAAAGCCAUUUGCCCUGUCCAAACAGUGUGCUCAUCAUAUUUGUCCUUUAGCUUUUUUUCCCCGAUAUAUUUUAAAUGGUUUGUUGCCCAUUUUUUCCAGCACCAGUAUACUGUAAAUAUAAGGAUUUUACAAGUUUUUUUUUCAUUUGGUUAAUUGGACUAUUAUUAAGUUGUAACAGAAUAGAAUGGAUUCCAGCACAGUAACAGCAAAAUAAGAAGUUAGCAAAAACAAAGGUUUGUGGAUAUAGGAAGUUUUAAUAGUCUUGUAGCAUGUAAACAUCUUUCACAUGCAAGUACAGUACAGUUUAUAGAGUACACUGUUCACACUUUGUUUUCCUGAACCGAACUAAAAUAUAUUAACUGUGUCUUUGCGCACAGUAGCAGAAAUACAUAGUUAUACAUGUACUGAAGAUCAAGUAGAGGUCCCAUGAAAUGGUACUAUUAUUUUUUGUAGCGGCAUUGUUUUUAUCCAGAGGUAGACAGCUGAGAGGUGACAGGAAGUGAAGGGAGGGAGAGGGGCAGUGAUUUAGAACAAAGGUCCCCAGUGACACCUAAGACGUGGUGGUUACAGUGUGGUUUGCAUUACCCAAUACCCAUUUGUAUUUCUUCUAGAGCUUGUUAGGUGGGGUGUUAGACUGUGAAGUAUCAUUCAGUGUAAACUGGGCUGGUACUUAUGUAAAAACAGGUGGGUUGAGUUGAAAGAACAGGCAGGUGCCCCCCCCCUUUUACGAUGCACUUUAAAAGAGUAGCUUUCCAUGAUGUUCAAGCAGCCAUUUCAUGGGAUCUUUGAAUAAGUGAAAGGUUUAAAAUCACAGAUCAAAAAAGACGGGGUUUUUCAUUUUUACUAACCGUGCUGGUGACUUUUUGUCCUUGUGGGCCUGUGGAUUUUGUAAUCAUAUGACUGUAAAUAAAAAAAAAAUACUUUUGACUCAUUA